CGAAGACAAAACAUAAUAUACUAAUAUACAUUAUACGCUAGUCACCGUCUACUCAGUUAUAACAAAUACAAUACUUUGUAUUGAGUAUCUUAUAUGUUUAAAGUAGUGAGUUUCUCCAAACAAUAUAGUUGUUAAUGAUUUCACAUUAGUUUGUAAAUUUAAAACGUAACAGUUACCAACAAAACAGUCAUGGAUCGUCUAUUGAGGUUGGGCAGUGGUAUUCCUUUGGGACAAGGGUCAGCUCCUGCUGCCGAUACUCCUGUUGUAGACACUGCCGAACAAGUUUAUGUGUCGUCAUUGGCAUUGUUAAAAAUGUUGAAACAUGGACGUGCUGGAGUACCUAUGGAAGUUAUGGGUCUGAUGUUAGGUGAAUUUGUGGACGAUUACACUGUUCGUGUUAUUGAUGUAUUUGCUAUGCCCCAAACUGGAACCGGUGUGAGUGUUGAAGCUGUAGACCCUGUAUUCCAAGCAAAGAUGUUGGAUAUGUUGAAGCAAACAGGCAGGCCAGAAAUGGUUGUAGGAUGGUAUCAUUCACAUCCAGGGUUUGGCUGUUGGUUGUCUGGUGUAGAUAUCAAUACACAACAAAGUUUUGAAGCUCUCUCUGAAAGAGCUGUUGCUGUUGUAGUUGACCCAAUUCAAAGUGUUAAAGGUAAGGUAGUUAUUGAUGCCUUCCGUUUAAUCAACCCUAAUAUGAUGGUACUUGGCCAAGAGCCAAGACAAACUACUAGCAACUUGGGACAUUUACAAAAACCUUCAGUUCAAGCUCUAAUUCAUGGUCUUAAUCGUCAUUACUAUUCCAUCUCAAUAAACUACAGGAAAAAUGAACUCGAACAAAAAAUGUUAUUGAAUCUACACAAGAAAUCAUGGAUGGAUGGAAUGGCACUUGAAGAUUAUGAAAAGCACUGUGAUACUAAUCGAACUACAGUUAAAGAAAUGCUAGAAUUAGCUAAGAGUUACAAUAAGGCUUUAGAAGACGAGGAUAAAAUGACACCAGAACAAUUGGCUAUUAAAAAUGUUGGCAAACAAGAUCCUAAGAGGCAUUUGGAAGAAAAAGUUGAUAAUUUAAUGUCUGGAAACAUUGUUCAGUGUUUGGGUUCUAUGUUGGAUACUGUYGUAUUUAAAUAAUACUAUAUUAUGCAAUYCUGGAAAAAAAUAUGGAGAGAAAUAAAUUAUUUUAAACCAUGUUUCAGAAUUAAAUGGCUAAUAUUUGUUUGCCGUUCCAAUAUUUCUAAGAAUAUUACACAUAAGUUAUAACUUUAUUUUCUUUUUUUAAUUAUAAAUAAAUCUUGAUUAAUAAAGAUUUUUAUUCAUAUAAUUUAAGCUAAUAUCAUUGUUCUUAAUAUUAGGGCUUAACUUAAAAUAGAUAAAUAUUUUCAAUUUUAUUUUAAGGUAUUAAAGUAAAAAGGAAUAAUGAGUGUAAUAAAUUAUAAUAUUUAAUAGUUGACUAACUAUUCAAGUGUUUUCAUAUAAGUAAUUGUAAUCACAUUUUUCUUUUAGUUACAAGUCUUUUAAGAAUUGUCCUCACAUUAUCAUAUGUAUUUAUAAAAUCAGUGGUGGCUUAUGUAUUGUUUUAUAAGAAAAAACUAGCUUUAAUAAUAUAUUUUGAAAUACUUUUAUAAAUAAUAGGUCAAUAACAAAAAGCUGAAAGCCAGCUUCACAAAUAUGAAUAGGUUAUCAUUGACCUUGUAAUUUGUUAAAUUCAAAUAUGAACCUUUAUAAAUGUUUCAAAGUUUUUAUACUCUUUAACUUCAGUGGSGUACACAAACCUAUAUAGAUGAUGGUGUGGGUGUUUAAGCCACUUGGUAAUUUUUUUACUAUACAUGUGGUUAUAUAAAAAUGAACAAAAUAAAAAAAUAUUUUGGUUUAAUAUACUAUUUGUUAUAACCCCUCCCAUUGGAAAUAUCUGUAUAUGGCACUGGUAAACUAACAGUACAGUCAAAAUUUGUUUUGUUUUUUACUCUGAUUAUCUAGUUUUAUUUUUUUUWAAAUUCUAUAUGAUUUAUGUUCUUUAAAAUUUGUUGUACAAACAUUCUUAAAGCUUUUUGAAUCAUUAUACUUAUGUAUAAGACUUAAA